AGACGAGAGAAGAUUGAGGAGAGAGGCUAGAGAAAGGGCAGCGGCAAGGAGAGCGAGGGCAGCUGAGGAGAGUGCUAGAGCUAGAAUUACAGCUAGCAUUAGUACAGCCAUACCUACCUCAUCUAUGACGCAACCCUCUACACAGCCCACUUCGUCAGGAGUCAGUCAGAGUGGUGCUCAGGCGGUCACUAGUCAGAUUGGUCAUCUGCGAGUCAACCAGUCUCCUAUCACGCCGGAGGACUUGGAAAUCCGGCAAGCAGAAGAACUUCAGGAUGAGCUACAGCGGCAGAUGGACGAAGUAGUAGAAAGGAGAAGAAAAGCUAGACUAGAGAGUAGAUUGCAGGAGUUAGGCAGACUGGAAAGACUAGAUGAGGCAACAUUAGACCCUGCUGUUCGUGUGCUGCGAGGCGCCUUACUUUCAGUGGCGGAAGCGCAAAGCGUUCAACAGGAAUUGUUGGCUGAUAUGGUAGCAGGCCAGAAACAAAUUCUGGCUGAACUUAGGGGCAUUCGCCCAACGGCGAGGCCGCCACAAUUUGCUGUAGUUCCCCAUGUAGGUGCGGGUCCAUCAUCGAUGCCGCAACGCACAGGGCAAACUUUCUCUCCCAUGUUUGGCAUGCCCUCCCCGGGUGGUUUAGGUGCAACUAGUGGUCCGGUUCAUUCAGUCUCAGCCGUACCGUCUACAACAGUGGUCACUACAGUCCCACUGUCCAGCCAUGCCCAGGUUAGUUUGCAACAGCCUGUUUCAGUGGCUAUGCAGCCGCUGCAUCAAGCACCUGGGCCCAUGCAGCCGAUGCAGUGGAUGCCCAAGAUACCUCUAAUGAGUCCCAAGCCUUUCUCUGGAGACAAGAAGAGGGAGGAAGACUUGGACACCUGGGUGAGGACUGUGCCUACUUAUGUGAGGCACAAACUCACCAUGCCAGAACAUGAAGUGGUAGUGGCUGCCUCCUUUUUAGAAGGAUCAGCAGCCCGCUGGUUGAAUGGCUUGGUGCARCAACAGGGCUACGGUYAGGAUUUCGAUGCCUGGGCUCAGUCUCARACAUUGGAACAGUUUGUACGGUCCGUCUACAACAGGUGGAAUGACCCGCAAGGGGCUCAAAAGGCCAUCGAUGCUAUCAACAACCUUUGUUCCCGUAGGUUCAAGGAUGUUAGAGAGCUUACAGACACCGUAGAACGCCUUCUCGUGGUACCUGGUGUGCGUUUUGACCCGCAGGUUCUCCUAACGGAUUACCUAAGGUGCCUACCUCCAGAGGCGUAUUUCCGCCUAGAGAAAGAUGGGAAGGUGGAGAAGGUCCUCCACUCCCCGACUCUCCUUGUAGAGGACAACCUCCCGUUUGAUAUAGUACUGGGAAUGGAUUGGGGAGAGGCAGCCGGGGCAACGCUCCAUCUGAAGGAGCACGAGUGUAGACUCCCUAGUUCUGCAGGCGAGGCUAAGACUGCCCGCCUGUUUCAUGUGUCAGGAGUAGAGAAUUCCUUGGCACAUUGCUGCCUUAGUGCCCCUGCGUUCGCCAGAUUGGUGAAGAAGGAGAAAUUAGAGGAACAGGUCUUUGUUGCCUAUGAUAGGCCUGUCACUGAGCCUACGGAAGAGAAGCCGAUGGACCCUGCGAUUGCCAUGCUGCUGGAGGAGUUUAAGGAUUUGACUGAUCCGCCGACAGGCACGGUGCCGCGGCCCAUUUAGCACCGUAUCGAGAUAGAGCCUGGCAGUAGAACUCCUAAGGGUGCUGUGUAUAGGAUGUCCCUGCGGGAGUUAGAGGAGCUUCGCAAGCAAUUAGACGAGCUCCUCGAGAAGGGUUGGAUUAGUCCCAGUUCGUCUCCUUUCGGAGCGCCUGUUCUCUUUGUUCCUAAGAAAGAGAGAGAGCUGAGAAUGUGCAUAGACUAUAGGGGUCUGAAUGCUAUUACAGUAAAGAAUGUUGAGCCAC